AUGUCUUUUGAUGAGGUGCGAGACUCGCUGGUAAUUUCGUUUGCAGAAGGCUUAAUAACCGACGAAGAGUUUUUAUUUUUAUACGAAGAAUACGAAUCAGUGAAUCCUUUUUAUCCGUAUUGGGAAUUUGAGCCAUUUUGUUUAGACUCUUUAGACUCUAGCGAAUCUAAAUCCGAGUUCAGACUAGAGAAAGAAGACGUACCCUUUGUAGCCGAUGCUUUGCAAGUUCCAGCAAGAUUUAGGUGCCCUCAGGGCACUGUUUGCGAUGGUAUAGAAGGAUUUUGCAUUCUCCUAAGAAGGUUGGCUUAUCCUUGUCGGUAUUUUGACCUCGUUCAAAGGUUUGCUCGCCGGUUCCUGAACUGAGUUUGAUAGCAAACACUGUACUUGACUGGAUCUACGAAUUUCAUAGCUUUUGUUUGACUUCAUGGAACCAGGCAUUCCUUGCACCUCCUUUCUUGGAAUCUUAUGCUCAAGCAGUCGAACGACAGAGAAGUCCCCUCAAAAACUGUUUUCGGUUUAUAGAUGGAACAGUUCGUGGAAUAUGCAGACCAGAUACUAACCAACGUGUUGUUUACAACGGCCAUAAAAGGGUGCAAGGGCUGAAAUUUCAGUCAGUGGCCCUACCAAAUGGUCUGAUAGGAAACCUGUAUGGACCUGUGGAAGGACGUCGUCACGAUGCGGGAAUGCUUAAGGAUUCUGGUCUCCUGAACGAUCUAUCAAGAGUUGGAUUUAACACAAGAGGUGAAGUCCUUUGUCUGUAUGGGAUCCAGCAUACCCCCUUCGUCCCAAUUUAA